AUGCCGCCGACGACGUGGAUCAUGGAAUGCAACAUGAGCAUGGAUAAUCCUGACACUAUCAUCUACGAAGAUGGAACGACUGCUUCCUGGACCAUGGACACCGAGUUGGGCGUGAUCGACGACGGCAAUUCGACCUGUGCUUGUAUCUUCAAGUUGAGGCCCAUCAGUCUCCUCGACUUCGAAGGAUACGCCAGCACCCCGAAUGACUACCCAUGCGCAACGAAUGUCAAGGCGACCCCUCGAAGUGACAAGUACCGGUCGUUGCGACUAAGCGACAAGUGGAAAGCGUUCAAGAAACGAAAACUGGCGAAAUCGAAUUCGUGCUGCCUAGCUUUCCCGUUCAUGUCGAUCAUGAGCAUGUCGCUUCCGAAGCAGCCCGUCGACUUCGACCUGCAACUCUAUUUGCCGGCGAAGAACUUUCUUUCGAAGCAGAAGAAAAAGGCUGAAAUUAACGUGCAUGGCAAGAAAGGAACAACACACGCCAACCUUCGUUCCCGUGCACCUGAAGUCCAGCUCAAGGUGGAGAUCAUUGAGACUGCGAUCAUGUCUAAUGGGAAUUCCAUAUUGCCAUCCCAGGUUCUCCACAACAAGGGCUCGAAUGGACUUCAUAUCAGCGUUACGUAG